CACACUGAAAAGUACCCAUCCUAAAUAAGCACACAGUGAAUUCCCACCAGAAAUGCACAGCUGCGCUUCCUGCCGGUGUAGUCUCCCCUACUUCCUCCGGCGUCUCGGAAUCCCGUUGCUCUGUCCUCUGCGUGGGAAACGCAGACUUUACUGUGUGACAAUGUCAUUUAGAUUUGGCCAGCAUCUCAUCAAGCCCUCUGUGGUGUUUCUCAAAACAGAACUGUCCUUCGCCCUGGUGAAUAGGAAACCUGUUGUACCGGGACAUGUCCUCGUGUGCCCGCUGAGGCCAGUGGAGCGCUUCCGUGACCUGCAUCCCGAUGAAGUGGCCGAUUUGUUUCAGGUGACCCAGAGAGUUGGGACAGUGGUUGAGAAGCAUUUCCAAGGAACCUCCAUCACUUUUUCCAUGCAAGAUGGUCCCGAAGCUGGACAGACUGUGAAGCACGUGCAUGUCCACAUCCUUCCCAGGAAGGCAGGAGACUUCCGCAGGAAUGACAGCAUCUAUGAUGAGCUCCAGAAGCAUGACAAAGAGGAAGAGGACUCCCCAGCCUCUUGGAGAUCCGAGGAGGAGAUGGCGGCCGAGGCUGCGGCUCUGCGUGGUUACUUCCAGGCAUGAAAGUAACUCAAACAAAUCCCAAGGCAUAAGGAAAUGGGCCUCGUUCUCAGGACUCUGCAGCAUUGGAAAUGAAGCUAAGCAGACUUUAUUACGUCCCACGAUUUUGCAGCCUUUUGCAGAGCAUUUUAUUGCACUCAGGGAAGCCAUUGGGGUUAAGUUUCAAUCAGAAUGACUGACAGGCUAACUUCAAAACAAUGGCAUCAACAGCCCUGUCACAUCUUCUAAGUUAUGUACUUAGAAUAAGACCUUUUCUAAACUGUCCCUUAGCCUUGGAUGGGAAUAAAAUGGUAGCUAAAAUA